GUGUGUGUGUGUGUGUGUGUGUGUGUGUGUGUGUGUGUCACCAAAAUUAGGCUUGGCAGGUAAUCGGAUUACAGAGAUUUUAGUUCAAAUGGGGGCUCUUAAUGAGGUUCUUUCUUCACUCCUUCUCCAGCAGCCGUCCACUGAGGGUCUCCUCUUUACCUCAGAUAAAAAAGAAUCCCAGCAAUGCCAGUUGAUCUGAACGGAUACUGGAAAAUGGUUUCCAAUGAUAACUUUGAGGAGUACAUGAAGGCUCUUGAUGUAAAUGUUGCCAUCAGGAAAAUUGCCAACUUGCUGAAGCCUGACAAAGACAUCGUUCACGACGGGGACCACAUGGUCAUCAAGACCCUGAGCACCUUCAAAAACUACAACAUGGACUUCUACGUGGGCAAAGAGUUCGAGGAGGAUCUGUGUGGAGUGGAUGACAGGAAAUGCAUGCAGGAGCCCCUUCAGACUGCAGUAAUGAGCAGAUGGUGUGGAGAGAGCCGACCACCGUCAACUGGGAGGGAGACAAGCUGGUGUGUGUUCAGAAGGGAGAGGUUGAAGGAAGAGGUUGGACCCACUGGGUGGAUGGAGAUGAGCUUCAUCUGGAGUUGAGGGCUAAAGGAGUUAUUUGCAAGCAGGUCUUCAAGAAAACCUAAGCUGACUUUAUUCAGCAAUCUGGUGCUUCCUGCAGACACUGGCUCAGAUGCAGUGUUCAUCAUCUAACAAAAUUCAUGUCACUUUUGUGUCUUAUGAACAAUAAUUUUCAUUAAAGGUUACUUGGUUUGGAAAGAUCACAAACCCCUGAUCCAUACCGUUCCCUUACUUUGCGAGUUAGCAUGUAACAGUUAUCAGAUGUAACACAGAUUUUGGCCUGAGCCCAGCUGCUGUGAUCUAGACGUUUUAUGCCUUGAAUGUUUGCAAACAGCCGACUAGCUGCUCUUAGAGUAUAGUGAUGAACUAGAUCCCUCAAUGGAGUGAAGAGAAAUGAACAGUUGUUGCCGAUGAGAAGUGUUGACAUCUUCACUGCAUUCAGUGUUCAAAAAGAACAUCCGGCACGAUGUAUAUAUAUUUUUCCUGCUGAUAUUGAGAUGAAUCAAUGAAUCAAUAAAGCUGAUUUCAGCAGUGUCAA